CUGGGUGCGUUUAGCUAGUUCGAUCUAUUUUUAGAUUUGAAAUAUGCCUAGAAAUUAUAUGUACAGUCAAUUGUCUGCAGGAGUAUUUACAAACUCUACAUGCAUUAAGUUCCUGAUUUAUCAUUCAAGAUUCCGAUUUACGUGGAUUUAAAAGGAUUUGGAUGACGCGUUGCGUUUUCUUUUUCCCUCGCUGUACUACAUACCACACCGCGACUUAACAUUUUAGUCAACGAAACGAAAUAGAUCUCGAACAAUCGCUGAAAAUGGCUUGUAUAAGUUCAAAACGUUUUCCAAGGAUUUUUAUCAGAUUAUUGGAUGAAUUUCAUCAUAACAAAACUAAAAAUGCUGGUACCGUACUAUUCCGCACUAUGUCGAACGGUCCCGUGGACACGGAAAAGAAAACGACACAACUUAAAAAAAUGUUGACUUCCCCAGAUUUAGAAUUCAUAAUGGAGGCUCACAACGGGAUAAGUGCAAAAAUCGUCGAACAAACAGGUUUUAAGGGGAUCUGGGGUAGCGGCCUGUCCCUGUCUGCUCAGUGGUGCGUGCGGGACAGCAACGAGGCCUCCUGGACGCAGGUUGUCGAUAUGCUGGAAUUCAUGAGUGACGCCACCAGCAUCCCGAUCCUAUUGGACGCCGACACCGGAUACGGAAACUUUAACAAUGCGCGUCGCCUUGUUCGAAAACUCGAGGACCGCGGAAUCGCAGGAGCCUGCAUGGAGGAUAAAUUGUUUCCAAAAACCAAUUCACUUCACGAAGGUCGAGCCCAGCCCCUAGCGGACAUGGAAGAGUUCGCUCUGAAGAUUAAGGCAUGUAAGGAUGCACAGAGAGACCCGGACUUCUGUAUAGUUGCCCGGGUGGAGGCCUUUAUUGCGGGAUGGGGACUGGAUGAGGCCCUAAAGAGGGCAACCGCUUACAGAGAGGCCGGGGCAGAUGCAAUAUUGAUGCACAGCAAAAAAAGCGAUCCAUCGGAAAUAGAGGCAUUUAUGAAAGCUUGGAAUAAUCAGGGCCCAGUGAUAAUCGUGCCCACCAAGUACUACACGACACCUACUCAGCAUUUCCGGGACAUGGGCGUUUCCAUGGUGAUAUGGGCGAACCACAACAUGCGGGCGUCGAUCAAGGCCAUGCAGGAAACGUCCGCUCAAAUUUACCAAGAGUGUUCACUUAACUCCGUAGAACCGAAGAUUGCUUCCGUAAAAGAGGUGUUCCGACUACAGGACGAACCGGAGCUGGUCUCAGCGGAAGAUAAAUAUCUACCAACUAAGCCUCAGGAAAAUUGAUUUUUUGCUCGAACUUUUAAGGUCCAUCCAUAUGCUCAAAUGCAGGAAGUAUAUAAAUAUAUAAACAUUACAUAUCCAUUAAAUAUAUAGGGCGUUUAUUCAUUCCUUAUUUUGUCCGUAAGGACGCUAUGAUCAGCAUAAAACUAUUCUAUUCAAAAUAACCAUUUUGAAGAGGGAAUGUGAAGGUUGUGGUAUUAUUUAUACGUAUUUUCGCAUACACUGUUAAUAUAUAUUUUACAUGAAUGAUUGUAGAACUACUUCGAUUUUUAUCAAAAUGCUCAGCAUUAUUGCACAUUUACAUUCAUAUAUAAAAAUUAUAUAUA